AUGGAUAAUAGAGGACGUGGUUUACUUCAUGCAGCAUGUGAGGCAGGAGAUAUUGGAAUAGUAAAAACAUUGAUUGAGACACAUGGAUUGGAUCCUUUAUCACAAGAUAAAGAUGGCGUUUCCUGCUUACACUUAAUAAAAAGAGUUUAUCUAUACCAGUAUUUGGAACCAAAUAUUACAUCUAACCCAACACCUAAAGACAAGUGUGGUCGUACUCCUCUUCAUUAUGCUUCUCAUUCUGAUAAUAUUCGCAUGGUACAUUAUCUCAUAGAGACCUUCCCCUGUACUCCUGAUGAUCCUGAUAAUAAUGGAUACACUUCAAUUCAUGCAGCAUGUGAAGCUGGUAGUAUUGAGCUAGUACAAUACUUUUUAACUGACCUUCAUUGUAAUGCACUAGCUGAAACUGCUGAUUGUAAAACCUUGUUUUAUUACGCUAUAAUUAAUUAUAAUUUAGAGCUUGUUAGGCUUUUAGUUGUUAAAUAUGGUUUAAAACCUCAUCCAAACCAUAUUGAUAUAGCUAAAGCAUUUAAUCCUGACUCAGCAUUAACUAAUUAUCUUCAAAAGGUUUAUAGUGAUAUGAUAUUUGAUAUGAUGGAGGAAGAAAAGAGAAUACAGGAGAAAACUCAUCAUCAAAAACAAGUGCAGCAACUGAUCAACCUGCAAAAACAUGAUAUCAUAUCUUGA